CGCUCCUCUUUAACAGCAACUGAUAGUUUGAUUCUGAUGCGACGGAAACCAAUCGUCAUCCUCCACCACCUCCUCGGCUCCUUCCUUCUACUACUGUACUUCUGGUCUAUGGUCUUUGUAUUUGUGUGGGUGCACGUACAACGGUACAAGCGUGACAGCCUGACGUACCAACACGCACAUUCCCGACAUAUAUUGUAUGGUAGAAAGCAAAGUUCAGGAAUCAGACGGAACCUUAGAGGGCUUUAGGAAGACUUUCGAUUUCUGAUAUUUCAGGAUCUCCCUGCUGCUUCUUUUGGAUUUUAACCUCGUGUCGCGGCAUUUGGGCCCCAAGUUCUUUCCUUUGCUCUUUUUCUCAGCUUCUCAGUUUCUUCUGGAGCAGCUAUAUUUUACAGAGAAGGCAGAUAAUUGGCCAAUCAUACAGUCAUGACUUGCUUCUCCUGUUUAUUUGGUAGAAAGUUGGAUUCAGCAACACACCGCUCGGUUGAGCUAGAUGAUGAGCUCUCUGGCAUCCAGAACGUCACUCUUUACCCGUACAAGGCGUUGAGAAUUGCCACUGAUGAUUUUAGUCCAACCAAUAAAAUAGGGGAGGGUGGAUUUGGUUCUGUCUACAAGGGAAAGCUCAGAAGCGGCCAGAUGGCCGGCCAGAUGGCUGCCAUAAAGGUUCUUUCUACUGAAUCGAGGCAAGGAGUACGUGAGUUCUUGACUGAAAUUCAAGUGAUUUCGGAAAUACAGCACGAAAAUCUAGUGAAACUUUACGGUUGUUGUGUGGAAGGCAAUCACAGAAUUUUGGUGUACAACUACCUAGAGAAGAAUAGUCUUGCAACAACACUUCUUGAUGGAGAUUACAAUAACAUCCAGUUUACUUGGCGAAUAAGGAAAAAAAUUUGCAUCGGAGUUGCUAGAGGACUUGCUUACCUUCAUGAGGAAGUGAGACCUCAUAUUGUCCACCGGGAUAUCAAAGCAAGCAAUAUACUUCUAGACAAGGAUCUAACACCUAAAAUUUCAGAUUUUGGUCUUGCAAAACUCAUCCCUCCCAACAUGACUCAUGUCAGUACACGAGUGGCAGGGACCAUUGGUUAUUUGGCGCCUGAAUAUGCAAUAAGAGGCCAGUUGACACGUAAAGCAGACAUUUACAGCUUUGGAGUUCUGUUAAUUGAAAUAGUUAGUGGAAGAUGCAACACCAACACAAGACUUCCUAUUGAAGAACAGUAUCUUCUUGAAAGGACCUGGAAACUAUAUGAAAGAAGGGAACUAGUUGGGCUCGUAGAUACAGCACUAAACGGGAAUUUUGAUGCCGAACAAGCAUGCAGAUUCCUGAAGAUUGGGCUUCUGUGCACUCAGGAUGAUCCGAAGCUUCGACCAUCCAUGUCCAGUGUUGUCAAGAUGCUAACAGAUAAAUUAGAUGUUGAUGAGCAUAAGAUCACGAAACCAGGCUUAAUCUCCGACUUCAUGGACCUCAAGGUCAGAAGCAACGCCCCUAAAGCUAAGCCUGGAAGGGAUCAUACCCCCGGCAAUUAUGCAUCCUCUGGCUCCGACAAUCUGGAUACCACAAGAUUAACUUCAGCAGCUUCUUCUCAAGCUACCAUGACGUUUACUUUUCCAUGCACCCAAAGCAUGUAAGCUUAGGGUAACCAAAUUGAAGAGGUCGUUGCAUUUUCUUUCUUUAUUCUUUUACCAUAUUGGGUGAGUGAAUUUUAUUCGUUACCUCGUCAAGAUGUGUAUUGCAGUGGCAAUUAGAUGAUUAUUAGAUUCCACCCCCACCUGUUUCAUGUAUGUACAUAUAAUACGAAUUUUUGGAGUCAGCUCUUGCCAAUGCCAAACGCAUUAUUAAAGGAAGAGGAAAGCACUGAGUCGCUUCAAAGCAGAGUUAAAGAGUAGCCCAUUGUGGAAGGCAUGGACAUGUUCUCAUUUUGGCAUGGGCCUUCCCAAUUUAUAGCUUAAU